AGUAUACAUUUUGCUGAUUUCGUUAGCUCACACAACCUUUUCAUUUCUGUAUGUCUUUUACUUGUCAGUCUACGAUAUUAACUUUUCGGUCACGGGUAAUUUCGUUGUCGCUGUGCCCCAUCUCUUGCUUAUUUGGUCGAUAAAAUCCGUUAGAUCUAUUACAACCACAACGAGAGAUACAAGAGUAUUUUGCCAGAGUUAAAUGAUAUUAAGAAAUGGCAGAUGAUGAAGAAAUUGAAGAAGGCGAGGGUGUGGAGGCAAUUCAAAGUGCAACUGAAGUGAGUCCUGUUGAAACAGAAAGACCACUUGCCCCAGCAAAGUAUGAAGUACGUCCAGGACUUGGAGAGAAAUUCCAGGCUCAGAAUGUGCGAGACUUAAUCAAUAGAACAAUGAAGGAGCAGUUAAUGGGUCGGCAGUACCGCUCGGACCAGGCUCCCAAGUGGGCAAAAAGUAUAGCUAAUGCUGUAAGACAGAGAGUGCAAGAUCUAGACAUGAAAAGGUAUAAAAUUCUAGUCCAAUCAACAAUAAUAGAGAUGAAGGGUGCGGGAGUGAAGAGUGGACAGCGCUGCAUUUGGGACCCUGAGACGGAUGCAUACGUCGACGACCUAUUCAGGAACGACACAAUGUUCUGCUAUACCAUUGUGUAUGGACUUUAUAUGUAUUGAUGUUUAUUUUUGAAGUUUAUCAUAGUCAAGUAAUAAAGUGGACUGAAUUAAUGUUAUUAAAUGAUGUUUUUAUGUCAA